AAAGACCAAAACAAAAGCUUGCUCGCGUCGCGUUCUUUCGCAAGGGUCAGCUCGGCUCUCUCGACUGCGUCCUCUUCCUCGCCGAGAAGGGGAACGGAAGCGCCGACCAGAACCGAGGGCGAGCGGCGGUAGUUCUCCGACCUCUGCCGGCGGGCGGCGAGAAGCUCUGUGCGGCAAGUUGUUGCUCUUCUGUUGUAAGGGAUACAUGAUGGAGGCGCUGAGUUGGAGAACGGCGUGCCUCGUGGUCCUCUGUGUGCUGCCCUUCUUGCGCCCGGCUGCGGGUAUCCGCUUCGUGAUCGAUAGGGAGGAGUGCUUCUCGCAUAACGUGGAGUACGAGGGGGACACUGUCCAUGUAUCCUUCGUGGUGAUCAAGGCCGACACGCCGUGGCAUUAUAGCGAGGAUGGGGUGGAUCUUGUUGUUAAAGAUCCUAAUGGAGGUCAAGUCCGCGAUUCUCGUGACAAGACUAGCGAUAAAUUUGACUUCAUUGUUCAGAAGAGAGGGGUUCACCGCUUCUGCUUCACCAAUAAAUCCCCAUAUCACGAAACCAUAGACUUUGACGUGCAUGUUGGUCAUUUUUCAUAUUUCGAACAACAUGCCAAAGAUGAACAUUUUGCACCUCUGUUCGAACAAAUUGCAAAGUUAGAUGAAGCGCUUUACAACAUUCAGUUCGAGCAGCACUGGCUUGAGGCCCAAACUGACCGGCAAGCAAUAUUGAAUGAGAACAUGAGCAAGCGGGCCGUCCACAAGGCGCUGAUCGAGUCGGCGGCGCUGAUCGCAGCCAGCGUCAUCCAGGUGUACCUAUUGCGCCGCCUCUUCGAGCGCAAGCUGGGGACAUCCAGGGUCUGAUAACUCCAACACUAGGAAGCUCGUCCUCGUCGUCCCAGCUAGCUGAAAUGUAAUACAAACUGCCGAACUGCCUGCGAUUACUUGUUUGUGGAUUCCUGUUACAUGAUCACCUUAAAAAAAUAGAACCCAACAGUUACAAUUUGAGUAGAAUCUGUUCUACUUCCCCUUCUCUGAUCUACUUCACGUUGAUUACGCUAAGAGGUUCCAAACACAAACAUGGCUGCUUUGCUUGCUGAA